UCGAAAGGCCGGAAACACAUGCUGGCGCGCUGCUACCGAUGUUGUUGUCAUGUGCGACAUGUAGCUUAAAAACAGUAGUGAUUUGUGUGUGUUUUUUAUAAUUUGAAAUACAACGUUUGUGUGUAAGAGAAACACUGAGAAUGGCUGCAACAGUGGCAACGCCCGUCACCCCUACGGAGCUAGACCCUGACCGGUGCGGGAGCGAGGAGGAGAGCCGCGGGGCCGAGGCGGAGGAGGAGAACACGCAACAGCAGAUAGGCCCCGCUGCCGCCGUGAGCCACAGCCGACUGUCUAAACUCCCCCUGGCCCGCAUCAAGGCGCUCAUGAAGACCGACCCAGACGUGUCCCUCGCCAGCCAAGAGUCUGUGUUUAUCAUCGCUAAAGCCACGGAAUUGUUUGUCGAGAUGAUUGCCAAAGAUGCCCUGGUGUAUGCCCAACAAGGGAAGAGGAAAACAUUGCAAAGGAAAGACUUGGAUAACGCGAUAGAGGCCAUAGAUGAAUUCGCAUUUCUUGAAGGCACUCUAGAUUAAAAACUGCAUCAGGAGACCAAUCAGAACAUCAAAUAUCUGCAACCGUCCAAGAAACCUGUGUCGCAGGAACACAGUUUUUUGUGGAAACCUUUCUGGUACUUUAAGUCAAAAUCUUUGUCCCUAAGUCAUAUUUGAUGUUUGUAAAUGCUUUUCUACGAUGUGCCAUUAAGAUUUUUCAUACUUAACUUUGAAAACAUCAGUGGUGAUGUGUAUAUUAUUUGUAAAUAUUUGUGAAAUACUACUGUUCAAUUAAAUAAAUUUAAGUUUUAAACAUCCA